CCAGUGUGACCAGCAGUCGUGGAGGAAGAAAUUGGUUGUGAAAACAAAAACAAAAAAAAACCAAAACAAAUGCAUUCUCGUUUAUCUUCUUUUCACAAAUAACCGAAAAACUAGUGGAGUUUCCGUAGUUUGUAGUGGCACCAGAAUAAGAAAUGCGUCUGACCAAGCUGUGGCAGAACCGGUCACCGGGUGACCGCCACCUGAGCACCUAUUUCUGCUUUGCGGCGGUGCGUCUGCUCCUGGUUUUCGUGCCCCAAUUGGGCUAUGUGCAUCCGGAUGAGUUCUUCCAAAGCGUGGAAGUGAUGACGGGCGACCACUUUCGGCUGGAGCACACGCGCACCUGGGAGUUCAACAACUCGAUGCCGGUGAGGAGCAUAACGCUGCCCUUUGCGCUCCUCCGCGUGCCUUGGAGCUUCUACGAGUUCAUAGCGAUGUACCUGCGUACUUGGUGGGAUGUGGAGCUGCUGGGCACGUAUGCUUACGUGGUCUUCCCGCGGCUUGUCUACACCCUAAUCUCGUACAGCAACGAUUGGUGUCUGUACAGGAUUUGCCGUCUUUACGGGCUGCGCUUCGAGAUCCGCCUGCUGGCGCUGGGCAGCUCCUGGGUGCUGCUCGUCUUUGGCACGCGCACCUUCUCCAACAGCCUGGAGAUGGCCAUGUGCUCGUGGCUCCUCUGCUUGGUGGCGGAAUGCAUGCUGCGCACAAACACGGUGGUGUACAAAAAGGAGUUCCUCGAGGAGAAGUACGACAAGGCGGAGUCCAUUAGCGAACGCGUGCGCAUCUGGAAGCUGAAGAAUGCCUUGCCGCCGCACAAUCUGCAGCACCUGCUGGCCAUGUCCACAAUCUGCGUGGCCGGGGUUUUUAAUAGGCCCACCUUCCUGCUCUUUGGAGCGCCCAUGGUCUUCUUCUGGCUGCUGCGCGGAAUGGGAACACGCACUGUCACCUUCCGGGACUUUAAUCUCCGGAUAGUUCUCUUCUGUCUGUGCGCCCUGCCCGCUCUUGUGGUGUUUAUAUUUUGCGACUCGCUGUACUACCAGCACCUGACCGUGGGCGAGCUGCACAUGAUGCACCUGAACAUCGACAACUUUGUCUUCACUCCCUGGAACUUUAUCAAGGCGAACCUGGACUCGGCGCAAACGGCCAGCCAUGGCGUCCAUCCCUGCUACGUUCAUUUGAUGGUCAACAUGCCGAUGCUCUUCAAUGUCCUGGCCCUGGCUUCGCUGGGUGCCUUUGCCCAGCUGCUACUGCGCUUCUUCCGCGCGGAAUACCAAGUGCUGCCACGCUUCCAGAGCAUCGUAUCGCUGAUGUCGGGCGCCAUAUUUGUGCCGCUCUUUUUUCUCUCGCUGAUCAACCACCAGGAACCGCGCUUCCUGCUGCCGGUGACAUUCCCGCUGCUGCUGUUACACGCUCCCAAGCUGAUCACCGGGUUCAGUGCCAAGUAUCCCUUUCAGAAGGAUCACCCGCUGCUGCGUUGGUUCUACGACAGAUGGCUUUCGAGCAAGGCUUCCGGUCCGUAUCUCCUGAAGAUCUGGUAUGUGAGCAAUGUGGCGCUCACCCUCUUCUUUGGAUUCAUUCAUCAGGCGGGGGUUUAUCCCCUGGCAGCUGACAUCUCGCAUGUGAUGGCCACCAAGCCGGCGGCCACGCAUGUCCAUCUGAUGACCUCGCACAUCUACAGUCUGCCUUUGCACCUGCUCAACAUUCCCAGCUCCCGGGUGCUGCACUUUAAUAGGCAAACGCAUCAGCGAUAUCGUCGCCAGCGGGACUUUUAUAUGUACGAAUACGGUGGGCUUUCCCUGGAUGGCCUGCUGCAGAAGGUGAAGCUCAUCAGUGGCAACUGCGAGGUGAAGCAGUCUGGACCCAGUCGCCUGCGCUACAAGCUGUACUUGGCCAUUCCCGCCUCUCUAAGCGCCGAUCUCCACGAGGCGCUGGUGCAGUCCAAUGCCAGCAGCUACCUCAACUUUGAGUUGCUGAACGUCUUCUAUCCGCAUCUCUCCACGGAGGCAUUUCCUCGUCUAAAGGGCAGGCAUCCUUGCGAUGUGGACGCCCCUCACUGGGCUCACGAUGAUUUCCGGGGAACCUGCGCCGUGGAGCAGCCGCCAGCGCUGAGCUUUGCCUAUGUGAACAAGCAGUUCAGCUCCUUUGUCCAUCAACUGGGACUGGCGCUGUACGAGAUCGAUGUGAGGCGCAAGAAGCCGCCAAGCCGCUCAGUGGAAGUGAAGAUGAAAGCCACAAUGCCAGAAACUAAGGCGUAGGGAGAAGGCCUGUUC